AUGUACUGGAUACCAAAAGAAGGCGACCCAGAUAUGCUAAACAAUGGCAAAGUCGUUAAACUCACUGGAUCAAAGACAAAGAAAUUGAAGACGACAGAUGGUGAUACGAUUGCUAAAGUAUCCAAGGUGACUUAUGAAAAAUUCCAGAUGGAGGGUACUGGCUUACUCAAAAAUGGUGUCAUGGUCAAUUUGGAUCACGGAGACGAUACCUUCUUGAAGGUCGACCGAGGUGAUCACCCUUAUGGAUUAGGCGGUGAUGAUGAUAAUUCUUUGGUGCCUUGGGUCAGUGUUGCUUCAAAUGAUGUAGAUGUUGGUACAAAACUAUACGUCAAGGAACUCGACGGUGUUAAGCUACCUGAUGGCAAGACCCAUAACGGUUGUGUCCGAGUAGAUGACGAAGGUUGGAGUUUUGGCGGAUGUCAGCUUGAUUUCUUUACACUUCAGUUUACGGCUUAUCAAAAAUUAGAACAUAAGCUGCCGAACAAGGUUACUGUUGAAAAGAAAAACUGCAAGAUUUUGAAUUAUGUGACCAAAGCUGUAAAGAAUUGGGCAGUGAUUGAUGAUUAA